CCCGCGGCAGCCACACACCACUGCACCUGCCGGAGAGCCCGCGGCGGUGCUAGCAUUGAGGCGCUUCGCUGACUCCCAGCUUUGCUGCGAACCCAGCGUCCCGCAGCCGUGCGCCCGCAGCCGUGCGCCCCGGCGCAGCCCGCCAGCCGUCCGCCCGGAGCCCGCCCCGCCGCCGCGCUGCACGCCCGAAGCGCGCCCUCUGCCCUCGCUGGGACAGAGGGACCCGCCACCGUCAUGCUGCCGGUCAUCUACACCGUCCUGGCGGGGGUGCUGCUCCUGCCGCUUCUGGUGAACCUCUGCUGCCCCUACUUCUUCCAGGACAUAAGCUACUUCCUGAAGGUGGCCAGCGUGGCCCGGCGGGUGCGCAGCAACGGUCGGCGGCGGCCGGUGCUCACCGUCGUGGGGGCCUUUCUAGAGAAAGCGCGCCAGACUCCGCACAAGCCUUUCCUGCUCUUCGGCGAUGAGACGCUCACCUACGCUCAGGCGGACCGACGCAGCAACCAGGUGGCCCGGGCGCUGCACGACCACCUCGGCCUGCGCCAGGGAGACUGCGUGGCGAUCUUUAUGGGUAAUGAGCCGGCCUACGUGUGGCUGUGGCUGGGGCUGGCCAAGCUGGGCUGUGCCAUGGCGUGCCUCAAUUACAACAUCCGCGCAAAGUCCCUGUUGCACUGCUUCCAGUGCUCCGGCGCGAAGGUGCUGCUGGCCUCUCCAGAACUACAAGCGGCUGUUGAAGAGGUAUUGCCAACCCUGAAAAAAGAUGAUGUGUCCAUCUAUUAUGUGAGCAGAACUUCUAACACAGACGGGAUCGACUCCUUCCUGGACAAAGUGGAUGAAGUGUCAGCUGAACCUGUCCCAGAGGCCUGGAGGUCCGAAGUCACUUUUUCCACUCCUGCCUUAUACAUUUAUACCUCCGGAACCACAGGUCUCCCAAAAGCUGCCGUGAUCAAUCAUCACCGCAUAUGGUAUGGAACUGGCCUUGCUAUAGCAACCAGGAUAAAGGCAGAUGAUGUCAUCUAUGUCACUUUGCCCUUGUACCACAGUGCUGCACUUUUGAUUGGCCUACAUGGAUGUAUCCUAACUGGUUGUACUCUGGCCUUGCGGGCUAAAUUCUCAGCCAGCCAAUUUUGGGAUGACUGCAGAAAAUACAACGUCACUAUCAUCCAGUAUAUUGGUGAACUGCUUCGGUAUUUAUGCAACUCACCCCAGAAGCCAAACGAUCGUGAUCAUAAAGUGAGAAUGGCCCUGGGGAAUGGCUUGCGAGCAGAUGUGUGGAGAGAAUUCAUCAAGAGGUUUGGGGAUAUUCACAUUUACGAGUUCUAUGCUGCCACUGAAGGCAAUAUCGGAUUCAUGAAUUAUACCAGAAAAAUCGGUGCUGUUGGAAGAUUAAACUACCUACAGAAAAAAGUCAUAAGUUAUGACCUGAUUAAAUACGAUGUGGAGAAAGAUGAACCUGUCCGUGAUGGAAAUGGAUACUGCAUCAGAGUUCCUAAAGGUGAAGUUGGACUCCUGGUUUGCAAGAUCACACAGCUUACACCAUUUAGUGGCUAUGCUGGGGGAAAAACUCAGACAGAGAAGAAAAAACUGAGAGAUGUCUUUAAGAAAGGAGACAUCUAUUUCAACAGUGGAGAUCUCUUAAUGAUUGACCAUGACAAUUUCAUCUACUUCCACGACAGAGUUGGAGAUACCUUCCGGUUGGUUUCUCUAAUUUAUUUAGCCAAAAAUAAACACGGUUCACACAUCAUCUUUGCUCACUUAUUCCUAGGUCAUGAAGGGCGAAUUGGCAUGGCUUCGAUCAAGAUGAAAGAAAACCAGCAAUUUGAUGGAAAGAAACUCUUCCAGCACAUUGCUGAUUAUCUGCCUGCUUAUGCAAGGCCACGGUUUCUAAGAAUACAGGACACCAUUGAAAUCACUGGAACUUUUAAACACCGCAAAGUGACCUUGGUGGAGGAGGGCUUUAACCCCACUGCCGUCAAAGAUGCCUUAUAUUUCUUAGAUGACACAGCAAAAAUGUACGUGCCCAUGACUGAGGACAUUUAUAAUGCCAUAAGUGCUAAAACUCUGAAACUCUGAUUAUUCCCAGGAGGAUAACGCAGAAUAUUUCCAGAAAGAAACUGAAUGGACCUAGUACAGCCACUUGAUAUGACUCAACUUUAAUUUGAUCAAAGAUUGUGAGGUGCAAUUUUUUCUUAGGAAAUUGUGCAUACCAAUAAGGGGAGACUUUUUUUAAUUACCACUGAACCUUUGUACGUGAAAAGAUUUAGAGAUAAUUAUUUUUCAAUGUGCACCUACUGUUUGCGUGUGCAAACAGAGCCUGGUUGGAGGGAGGGUAUUAUUUUUUAAAACAUGUAAUAAAAUAGAUGAACACCAACAUGA